UUACAUUGUGUGCAUGUUUGCGAGUGUACACUUCUUUGAGGGCGUGUAUGUGUGUGUAGGGUGGGGGUGAGGCCUCCACUUUUACCGGGACGCCUGCGGCAGCUGUCCCUUGGCAUGUCAGCAGGGGUGUCACAGUCCUGUUGCAGAGGGUGAGUGAACCGAGGCUGCUGCCUGCAGUGUCCACAAAGACGUAUCCUCUCUGCGUUCGACUCGACCGGGACCUGCCACCACAACCAUGGAGGAUCAGUACCAGUACAACGCCACUGAGGAGAAGAUUGUGAAGGACAGCCACACGAAAGAAAUCGAUCUGAUUAACAGAGACCCCAAGCAGAUCAAUGAGGACGUGGUGAAGGUGGAGUUUGAGGAUGUCAUUGCAGAGCCGGAUGGGACGCACAGCCUGGAUGGAGUGUGGAAGCUCAGCUACACCACCUUCACCGUGUCAAAGUAUUGGUGCUACCGCGUUCUCUCCGCCAUCUUCGGCAUCCCGGUCGCUCUGCUCUGGGGCUUCCUGUUCGCCUGCAUCUCCUUCUGCCACAUCUGGGCUGUGGUUCCCUGCAUCAAGAGCUGUCUGAUCGAGUCGCAGUGCAUCAGCCGCAUUUACUCCCUCUGCAUUCAGACCUUCUGUGAUCCCUUCUUUGAAGCUCUGGGCAAGGUUUUCAGCAGCGUGCGUGUGGCACUGCAAAAAGAGGCCUAGGAACUCCCCACAGCACAGCGUUAAAGUGUGAUCAGAUGAGGUGUGGUGUCUUUUUAUACAACCUAAACUAAGUCCUGGCAUCUUUGCUUUCCAACUGACUCAUCCUCCUCCCGUUGUAACAUGCUGUGUCUCCACCCUCCUGACUCAGACUCACAGAUCUGAAAGCCCACUGUGCAUUUUGCCACCAGAAGCGCAGUGACAGCUGCAGCAGGCGGUCUACGUGGUGACAGCUCCGGCACUUCUAGGUCUUCCUCACUGAGGAAGAAGACGGCAGGCUGUCACGAGAAGACUCUGGGUGUCCACAUUUACUUGUUUCACAAUAAAAGCUGCUUGUUCGCAAGAAACAAGAGAAAAAUCCCCAAACCUUUCUGCACUUGUGAAUGAUGUUUAUGAGUUACACGUCAAAAGCUUGUUUUGAAGCUUUGGUUUGGUUCUGGUUUCAAUUAACUUUAUUUUGUUCACAAUAAAGGUUAAAAGUAUGAAAGAAUGGAAAAACAUGUGAAAACAGAUGGACAUAGACAGUCGUCUUUCACAACAAUGCAAUCAGUUGAAUUUUAAGCUUAUUUGUUUUUAAUAUUUUGGCUCAUGUUUGGCUGCAAAGAUAAGAGUGUAUUUUAAAUGAAUAGUCCAAGGCAAACUAAUUUGGAAAAACUUUAUUACUGUUAUUUGGAUAGUUAAAUUAUAAAAUUAUUUACAGUAUUAUAAUAACAGAUAUGUUUGAAAUGCUGCAUUUCACACUGAUGGAAAAGUAUUUGGUUACAAGCAUGAAGCUAAAAUUUUUUCCAGAAGCUUUUGAGCUCAUUUAAAGUAAAAGUUUGAUUCAGUCUUAUUUUGAAAGGGCUUAGCCAUCCUGACCAGUGAACUGUGACCCACUACAGGAUGCUGUUGUGAGUCUUUAUUGUGUGUCUCAGACCCAUUUUUGAUGGUUCAGUGCCACCACUAACAUUUUUUUUUUUGUAACCUUGUUGUGUUCCAUUCUGGCUUAUUUCUAGUCUUUUAUUUCUCUACAAGAAAAUACACACUGACUUUAGCUGCUGCUCAGAAAAAGACACUAUGUUAAACUGUUUUGCAAUAAAUUGAAACUGUGUUAUUCAAAAA